GGCGCAGGGUGGACGGAGGGACGCGGUUUUGGCUGUGGCGCCGCCGACCCGCGCUCCACCGCCGUUGCCGCCAUGACGGGGCUAGCGCUGCUCUACUCCGGGGUCUUUGUGGCCUUCUGGGCCUGCAUGGUCGUCGUGGGGAUCUGCUACACCAUUUUUGACCUGGGCUUCCGCUUUGAUGUGGCAUGGUUCCUGACCGAGACAUCCCCCUUCAUGUGGUCGAACCUGGGCAUUGGCCUAGCUAUCUCCCUGUCUGUGGUUGGGGCAGCAUGGGGCAUCUAUAUUACUGGCUCUUCCAUCAUUGGGGGAGGGGUGAAGGCCCCCAGGAUCAAGACCAAGAACCUGGUCAGCAUCAUCUUCUGUGAGGCUGUGGCCAUCUAUGGCAUCAUCAUGGCAAUUGUCAUCAGCAACAUGGCUGAGCCUUUCAGUGCCACUGACCCCCAGGCCAUUGGCCAUCGAAACUACCAUGCAGGCUACUCCAUGUUUGGGGCUGGCCUCACAGUGGGCCUGUCUAACCUCUUCUGUGGAGUCUGUGUGGGCAUCGUGGGCAGUGGAGCCGCCCUGGCCGAUGCGCAGAACCCCAGCCUCUUUGUGAAGAUUCUCAUCGUGGAGAUCUUUGGCAGCGCCAUUGGUCUCUUUGGGGUCAUCGUUGCAAUCCUACAGACUUCCAGAGUGAAGAUGGGUGACUAGAUGAUCUGCUGGGUGGGGCUGUGCCCCACUGUUAUUUAUUUGUGGUUUUCCCAGGACAGCUGGAGCUGUGCCUCUUAGCCUUUCAGGGGGUUUGGUGUUCAGGGCCCUCCCUGCACUCACUUCUUGCUGCCUGUCGACUUGGAGGCGCUGCCUGGCUGGAUCCUCAGUGUGGGGAGUGGGCCACCGAUGACUGUGUGCAGCUGUGCACCCGUGUCCCACCUCCACCCCCAACCCAUCUUCCCAGUGUUAGUGAAAUAAACAUGGUAUUUGUCUGGGUCA